AAAGUGCGCGAGAUUCCCAAGAUAGUGACGGUUUAGUUGACACAGUGACCUGUAGUCAGACAAGAGCAUUAGGACAAGGUCUAGGUCGUCUGCUGCUCAGCUUUAGGUACCUCAUAAAACAAAAAGAACAAUGCCACAAUGGUGAAUUUGCUAAGCCUUAACAGUCUUUGGAAAAAAGUGAUUUUCUUGAUUCUUCAAUUUGCUGGAACCCUUCAAUCAACCAUGAGCGAAUUUUUUCCAACAACAGAGGAUAACGUGGUUAAUUGGACAAUAUAUAAUAAACAUUUCCAGCCUUGUGAUGAUCUUGAAUGUCUGGAAACAAAUAUCGAUCGUACCUCCAGCUUGUGGUAUCGGGAUGAAAAAUGGGCAGUCCCACUUUUAGUGGUAUCUUCAGUAAACAUCUUAUUUAUAGGGUGUUUUGAGGUAUUUGUACUGUGCAAGGCUAAAGGAACAAACCCUAGCCGGAGGCAUCUUGUUCUGGGACAACUUCUUCUGUUCGGGCUUCUUCUUUCUUCUACACUCGGAUAUGUCUUUGCUGCUGGUCCAACUUGGUUUACUUGUGGCGUGAUCCGUCUCGGAUUAGGCCUAACUUACACCUUGGUAUUUGGAACUCUGCUGGUGAAAACAGUUUUCCUGCACAGCCUCCAUACCGGAAUUUACUUACCAGCUUUGUAUCAGGCCCUUUUACUCUUCUUCGUCCUUCUUGUUCAACUGGCCAUAGGAAUCCAGUGGUUGGUGCAGAGACCUCCUGCAGUGAUUGUCGAUCAGGCCGGGGCGACCACUUGCAGCACAAAUAUUAUCAAUAUGUUGCUUACGCUUGUUUACAACGCCCUCCUGAUUCUUUGCGUCGCUGUUCUUGCUAUUAAAUCCAAACAAAACCCCGAGAAUUACCGAGAAUCAAAGUUUAUUGGUAUUGCCACAGGCCUGUCGAUGUUACUCUGGGUAGUCUGGAUACUGGUGGCUCUGUCAACUCGUUCACCCGACCACGAUGCUGCCAUGGGGUUUGGUGUGGUUUUCAACGCCAUGAUCAUCUUUUUGGUGGUGUUUGUGCCCAAAGGUCGCCAACUAGCUGCCCUAGGAAACGACUGGCCAGAUGUUGAGGAGAAAGGAGUAUUAUCCACUCCCAGCCCAUCGUACUGCAGCCCUUCGUUUCUGCACAUCAAACCUCCCGUGAUGCCCUGGAGCCAGAACUUGAAGCCACCAAAUAAAGGUGAGUAA